GGUAUACUUAAAAGGAAAGCAAGCUAUUUGGCACUGUAAUCAAUGAGCCAAUGAGAGAGAGUUGAAGAGGAGGGACUGUAAAGACAAAGGAGGAAACCACCCUGUCCCACAGCAAAACCUGUACCCAGACAGAUAUGUCACUUUACAAGUCACUUCACAGCCAUGAUGUGAGGUAGCCCGUCAUUCUCCAGGGAGAAUAUUCACUAAACACUGGACUUUUGAUCGUAUUUCGACAGACAUCAGAAAUGAUCCGAAUCAACAACACCCAAUAUUUCCACUUCCUGCAGCAGGCCGAUGCUUUACGUCGCUCUGGGUCACUCUGCGAUGCCAUCAUCUCGGUAAAGAGCCAUACAUUCAGGGCUCAUCGGCUAGUACUGGCCUGUGCUAGCCAAAGACUGGCGCAGCAGCUAGCCCAAGGCGACACAGACAGCCCGGCCCACUGUACUCUGGAGUAUUUCUCACCGCGCACUUUCCAGCAGGUCCUGGACUUCACCUACACCCAGGCUGUUGAGGUGUCCGUGGAAGACCUGUACCUGCUGCUGAAAGCUGCUCAGCUUCUGGAGAUGCAGCCGCUAGAGGACCAGUGCCGGAAACAGCUGGAUACCCUUGACCACAGGGCCAAGGAAGCGGAUGAAAGGGGAGAAACUGCAGAUGUCAAAGAGGAAAAAGAAAGCACUCAGGAGAUGGAUCAAAAGAAAAAAGAUAGUCCAGUACAAAAAGAGAAGCUCCAAGAGACCUCCUCAAGAGGGGUGGAAGCAAGCGACAUCACUGUCACUGAAAACCUUUCACCCCCUGAUUCUGCUAAGAAAAACAGCGUCUCACCAUCCUCAAGAAAGAAGCCCAGACUGUCCCCUUUGUCAUCAACACCCCACAACAGAGACAGUGUUAUUACCAGGCCUGCCACCAGCAGUUCCUCUUUCUCUUCUCCCUGGCCUUUCUCUACAAACAUGUGGAACUCUGUGAGCACCCUGAGGCGGAUAGCAGAAAACUACUCAAACUUAAUUGCAGUUCACCCUCUUCAGUCCCCAAAUCAGUCCUCAGUAGCAUACCCAUUCUCCCUCUCCACCCCUCACAUGUUCCCUUUACUCGGUCCCCAUUUUCAAAACCCGGUUCACACCUCUGUACUGGGCUACUCAGGAUUGUAUCCACGUUACACACAAAACACAUACACUGGAUCUACGGGGAUGGGGAGCAUAAUCAAGGAGGGCCUGUUGAAAAGAAAAAAACCCAGCCAGAGAACAUUCAGCGGCACCGUUCAAAGUGCUGAACCAAGUUAUCCUCAAGUGCCCAAACCCAGCAAAGAGCAAGUUAAAGACUGCCAGCACUGCAAUACAAGUCUCCUUGGUGAUCCGGUGCUGCGGGAGUCAGAAUCUACACCUGAUAAUGGUAAUGGUGAAGCUUGCACAGGGUGUCGGUUCUGUGGAAGAAGGGACGUGGCACAGCAUGAACCACAAUCCAAUCGACACGACCACAGGGGAGAAAAACCCUACCAGUGCCAACACUGCCCCAAAAAGUUCAGUCUGAAACAUCAACUGGACACACACCAUCGCGUUCACACCGGGGAGAAACCCUUCGAGUGUCGCCUCUGCGGCCAGCGCUCACGGGACUACUCGGCCAUGAUCAAGCACCUGCGGACACACGGCGGGGCCGCGCCUUACCAGUGCACGGUGUGCCUGGAGUUCUGCAGCAGCCUGGUCGCCAUGCAGAGACACGUCAAAAGCCACGCGGUGCAGGACUUCCCGCCCGACUGGAGCAUCAACAGCACCUACCUGUACAUCUCUCACAUCUGAGCCAUGCCUCACGACACAGACGCCACCAUCUACACAAAGUUCUCAUAAGUGUAACUUCAGUUUGUGCAUCUUGUGUAUUACUCCAUGUAUCAUCAUUACAUAAGAGCUAAGCAUCUCUUUUUCUGAAAGAUGAAUUCCUGAUGAUGUCUGAAAGACACGUUGACAGCACAUACCACUGUUCUGAGGACAUAAUAAUACACGAGCGGCACAAACUGGGGCUAUAGAUAUAGCAAUAACUUCCAUUCAAACUUCUUUCACAACUGAACACAGAAAAUGCAGCACUAAUUUCCAAUGACAUGACAGAAAAUGUAUUGAAAGUGUUUACCACCUCACAUUAGGUCAUGUACGUGCAUUACAGCAGCACCAACAGCUAAUCCUCAUCGAAUGACGCAGGAACCAUCCCUCUUACUUUCAUAAUUAUUGGACUGGUUGUGUAAACUUUGUAAGUUUGACCCAGGCGUAUAGCGCCCUCAUGAGGGCAACCACUCUAACGAUCCGUUUUUACUGUAAUGCAGAUUGUUCCAAAUGCAACACCUUGUCAAGAUGGGACCAGUGGCUGAGAUAUCACGUUUGCAGAAAAGAGAAAAUUUAAUUUAUUAAUUGUUGGAACAUAUAAACAGUCAACACUCAUUGAUGCAGAUUUAAUCAGAAAAAUCCUACAUCCACAUUUUGUAUGAUAUACUCCCUCCUCAGUUAAAAUUCAUAUGUAUCUACUUCAGCCUUUAAAAUAGUGACUUUGUUCCAGCAAUGAAAAAAAAGAGUGGAGGAGGAGUAAGAGUUUGCAGCAGCGUUAGCGAACAUGGCCUUGAGUCUGUGGACACACUGCUCAUGAGACGAAUGUCAGCCAAAUUCCACAUACAGUAACAUUCAAUGACUAUUUAGAUGACACUGGAAAUAAGGAAUGGUAUGGAUUAAUAAAAGUAUCACUUGACAGCUCAUUAAUCUGCUGUUUGUUUGAAUGGGUGGAGAUGACAAUGAGAAGCUUUUGCAGUGAUGUCUGUUUAGCUAGUGACGAACAAUAGUCCACUGUUUUCUUAUUUUUUCUGCAUUGUCACUCACUGGCUGCCUGUAACUUCAAAGGCGAGGAAACACAGUAGUAAACGUGUCUCAAAAGUAAAAAUCAAGCAGUAUUUAUCAACUGCCAUACCUCUGCAAAAGCACCAAGCAAGCUGCAUUACUGUGAAGCUACCCCAGCAGUUUGUAUAUGUAUGUAUUCCACUGAGGGACGCUUUCAGUGGAGCUUUCAGGCCUGUUUCCACCGAAAGCUAUUUGUUGAUUUGUACAGCAUUAUCUUCAUGUGUGUGGGGUACAAAGGAAAUGUUUAACUCAUCUUUCAUUUAUUGGCUUUAAUGAAUCAAUAUGCCAUGUUUAAGACUACUAAUGCAUCAAAUAAACAAGCUUACAUACAA